CAUAAAUUUAGGAAAUAAGAGACACGAGUUAAACAGCGCUUAAAGAGUUUUUAGCUAUACAAGGUCCCAAUUAUUGGGAUAUUUUAUGUGAAAUGGAAGAAAAACAUAGAAUCGAUUUGUUUGUUUGUAAUGACAAUGUUUUAGUAUGGAAUGCAGAAGAUGCAUCUUUCUUGAGGGAUGAAAUGAGAAUUGUUGGGAACCUGAUUGGAUGUUUGCCAAGAUUUCCAAGACAGAACAAUUUUUUAGGGCUUCCACUGUACUUGAUGCCAGAGGAAGUUUCCUUACUAUUGAACAAAGGUGUUGCAGUACUUGUUAAGGGGGAUGACUUGCUGCAAACACCAACACAGCAACAAAUAGAAGAAUAUCAUGAAAUUUGUGACAACAACUUUCAGGAACAAGUAGAACUCUUUAGAGAUGACAGGAGAAAGGAGAUCGAACAAAAUCUACCAAAAAUUGUUGAAGGAAAGAAAGAAAAAAGGAGAAAGGAAAUAGAAGAACGGAAGAAAGCCGGAGAAGAUGUUGAUGAGUCAGAGUUGGAAAAGGAUAUCAUUAUUGAUGCUGACAGUAUUCCUAUUCCAGCCCUUCCACGUAACCAUGCAUUGGUCCAACUAUUUACUGAAUCACCUUGGAAAGUUGAGGAUUCUGAAGGAGGUGCAGAAACAUGGAAGUUUCCAUCAACAGAGAUAGAGAAAACACGCUGUCAGGUGUUCCAGGAUCUUUGGGAGAAAGGCUAUUUCCUGACCUCAGGUGCAAAGUUUGGUGGAGAUUUUCUUGUUUACCCAGGGGAUCCCAGUAAAUUUCAUUCACAUUUUGUUGCCAUAUGCCUGGAACAUAAGAAAACUUUAACCCCUCUUGACAUUGUUGCCAUGGGGAGACUGGGGUCAAAUGUCAAAAAGACAGUUGUACUGUGUUCACUGGACCAGGAGGCAAAGAUUCAGUACACCUCUCUUCAGUGGACGGGAAUUACAUGAUGUUUACAGGUUAAUUAUAUAAAUAUAUGAAAGUC